AUGAGAGAGUCCGAUCUGAGAUCAGUGGAGUGUCUGAUGCUGUAAACAAACGCGGAGGAUCCGGUACUCGGACGAUAUUUAUGAAAUAUAAAGGAUGGAAAUAAGGCCUCCGAGUUUCACACACAAGUAUGUUUUAUUGUGUGUCUCCGCGGUGUUUUUUUACGCUGGUGUGUGUGGCGUGUCAGCGAUAGACGUGUUCACUCCAGCCGAGGUGUUGGUGGAGAACGGGACCACAGUCACUCUGUCCUGCAGCUUCAAGUCUAGAGAAGUGAUCAGUAGUUCAGCGUCAGUGACGUGGUCUUUCCUUCCGGAGGGAGAAACCGGAGCGUCCACUUCAAUCUUCUAUUACACUGCGGGGAAGUCGUUUCCGGGCUCGGUGCCGCAGUUUAAGUCUCGUGUGGAAUGGGCCGGAGACAUGAACAAGAAGGACGCGUCGAUCCGUGUGAUCCAGAUGCAGUUCAAGGACAACGGGACGUUCAGCUGCGACGUGAAGAAUCCUCCGGACAUCUCCGGACAGAUGUCCAUCACUAAAGUCAGUGUGGUCAUGAAAGAAGCUCUUCCUCAGACCAGCACAGCGGUGAUCGUGGGGGGGGUGAUCGGAGCCGUGAUCGGCAUCAUCAUCAUCGCAGUGGUCACUUACCUGAUCAUCAGACGACAGGACUCCAGUCACGACUACAGAGGCUGCACCUCGUUAGAGAGUGUGAGCUCACAGAACACUAGGGUGGGGAAGAAAGCGGAGUCUAGCAACGACAACUCACUCUGCUCCAGCCCCUCCGCCCCCAUACAGGGGCCAGUGAUUUACGCUCAGCUCGAUCACUCCGGCAGCAAGAACUCCUUCCACAAGAUGGAGCCGGUGGUGUACGCAGACAUCCGCAAGAACUAGAGCGCCUGGGGUCAGACGGGUCAGACGGGGGGUUAGUACUGGACUGGUGACGGCACCUGACCACAGACUCUUUCUUCUGCUUCUGUGUGUGUUUUCAUGUCAGUGUUAAUGUGAGUUUCUAGACUAAUAUCUCUCUCCUCGUGUCUCACCACUCUAACUAAAUACACUUUACCUUGAGAAGAUGUUACACAUUUUUAUCGGAUUAUGAUAUGAUCACCACAAACAUCUCUUGACUGGAGUACAGCACUCUUUUACUGUAUCACAUUCAAAAAUACUGUUAUUUAAAUCACCAUACUUCCAUGACUUAUGAAUACUUUGGCACUUCAUAAUAUAUUUUGCUUAAAUAUCAUGUAAAGAUGGACCAAGUAUUUUUGAUUACAUGUAUGGCAUAUUUCACCACUUAAGGCUGUGUUAUACUUUCUCCAUGAGCAAUCUGGACAGUGUGGACGCGGGCUAACUGAAGUUAUUCUACAGAAAGGGUACGCUGAUGGUCUGCUCAGCAACAAACAUGUGAACAAACAGAAUUAUUGCACAUCUGGCUGUCUUUAUUUUGUUUUAUUGACGGAUGGUACAGGUUCGAAGAGCAGUGGGCUUCUUCACAGUCGUAUGUAUCUCUUGCGAUCUCUAGCGGUCUCUAGCGGACUCCUGGACACAGAAAGUAUAACACAGGCUUAAGUCAGUUUGCAUAGAGAAAAUGAAGCCUAUAGGACCAUUGAUGUUUUACUUUAUUAUUAUUUUCAUGACAAUGUUGUCAUGAAUUAUUUCCAACACAUUGUUGCUGUUAAAAUAGCAUGAAAAUAACAUGAUGCAUAAAUACCACUCACUUAAUAUAUUUAUAUAUUUAGCUUAAAGUGGUCAUAUGAUGCUUUUUUUUUAAAGAUCAUUAUUUUGUGUAUUUGGUGUAACAGAAUAUGUUGACAUGCUUGAAUGUUCAAAAAACACAUUCUUUUUCCAAUACUGUACAUUAUUGUAGGUCCUCUAAGCCCCGCCUCUCUCAAACACCGCGUUUUCUACAAAGACCCUCCCUCUGACAAGCACAGUCUGCUCUGAUUGGCCGACUGUCCCAGUGCAUUGUGUGCAUAAAUAAUGUUAUUAGACUAAUGUUUUACUUUUUUGAAAUACAAAUAUGAAAUAUUGGAAAAAUGCAAUGAUAUUUUUAAAUAUGAUAUUAAACAGUAGGUCUUAAUGAGUGAAUCACUGAUUCAAACGAUUCGUUCAAACGGCUGAUUCAUUCAAGACAUGAAGCAAGUAACCGUUUUUAUAAAUAGCUCACUGAAUCAUAUAUUAUAUAUUAUGUUCUGCCGUGGUUUUGCUUAGAACUAUUUUUGUUAGCGAAAUGUAGCAAAAACAAUCAUAAUGUGUCUAAAAUGUAAGUCAGUUUAAUAAAAUCAGAAUCAUUCUCGCCAAAGUUUCGGUGAUGCCCUAGUUAUUGUUUGUUAUUCACAUUUAGAUCAGGUUACUUAUCCAGCCGGGCAAGUACAAUUGUGUUUCACUUGCCCCUUCACAAGAAUUAAUAUUGAGCCCUGAUUACACAAAUAUUUCCCCACAGUGACACAGAUGUGGGGGGCGUGUCUAAACGAGGUGUUUUAGGGGGGUGUGGCCGAGUCUGAACUUUGAUAAAGAAUAUCUCUUUGGAUUUGAGACUUUAGUCUUUGCAACUUUACAGAUCUUCUGCAUGCACCAAGAGCUUGUCACACUCCAAAGAGAAAGGAAAACUGAGUUUUGGAGGGAAAUGUGCUUAUUUUACAUUACAUAAUUUUUUUUAAAAAUCUUACAAAUAAUUUUUAUUAUAAUAUUUUUAAAUGGUCAAGCUUAAUUUUUUAUGCAUCUUCUAAAUCAGAAUGAUACCUAGUUAUUAGACUGAUUUAGUUUUUUGACCAUUAAGAAAACUCAAUUUCAUAACUGUUAUAAUAAUCAUUUUUAUUAUGCAUAGAAACACUACAAUGUAUAAACACUUCAAAUUGACAUUGUUUACAUUUACAUGUUAUUUUUGGAUUGUGAGAAUUUGUGUUUUGAUUUUUUUAUUAUUUGUCCCAAAGAGAAGCUGUAUUUUUGUAUGUGUUCUGUAGCGUGUUUAGUUGGUGUGGUGAGACGUGAUGCGCAUGUGUACAUGAGAUCGAUGUAAGUGAUGUUCUGAAGAUCAUGGAGCAUGAUGGGUAUCCCGAACACUCCAGUAGCUAUCAAACAGAGGAGCACGUCUCAAUGGUUAGACUAGUUAGCUUGUUAACAAUCAGCACUAAUCCUGUGAGCAUGUGUGUGUAGAAAAGCCCAGUCUUCAGUGUUAGUUUAAUCAGCUAGACUCUACAUUCCGCAGUUAAUGCAUCGCUGCCUUUUGAGUUGAAACACUCUACUUAUAUGUCACGUUUUUCUUAUGUACAUUUCAUGCGUCAUAACUUAAGUUAGAUUUUUAUUUCUGACACUUGAACACUUGAGACCAAAAUCCCUGACAGAUCGUUCCUUAGCUGGAGUGGUUUAUGGUGUUUUUAUUUGCCUGGAUGAUGAUUAUUCUUGUGCUGCACAUUCCAUGAGGCCCGUCGGUACUGGUUCGAUUCUGUUACUGCGGUUGCAAGUCCUGCACUGUUUCUGAUUCCGACCGCAGCACUGUCAUGUCACAUGAUCAUAUUAACUGGAACUGGAUGUGGAUGAGAGUGCCUUCAUCGACUAACGCCUGUUACACACUUCCUGUGGUUUCUUGUUUUAUUGGCCUUUUGUAUAUGAAAACAGACACAUCUGUCUAAUUUGAUACAUGCAUAUAUAUAUAUAUAAAUAUAUCAAACUGAAUGAAA